GUUCUUGCUAACGCUGUCUCCUGUCAGUUUGGUGGACUAGAAACAGACAGUAAGGACCCAAAUAUCUGCUGGUUGUUGUUCUUUACCUCCACUGACACGGAGCGGCUGAUGUCUGCUGGUGUUUCUGUGUGAAAUGGCGGAAACGAGCCAAACGGACGUUAGCUUCGUCCCUGAUGAUGAAUGGAAAUUGCAUUUCAAGAAAAGCGACCAAGUUGCAUUUUACAGGCGACAGAUGCAGGGUCCAAAGCACCAGUACCGAGCCCUAUUGGACUCCCUGGUGCUCACUGAAAAAGGGGCUCGAUUAGAGUUGUUGGAUCCUAAAACACAGACCAAACUUCUUCUGUCUGUGUCCGCCUGCAAAAAUGACACUGUGAGGAUAUUCAUCGAUGAGCUGCAGCCCAUUAAACCGCGCUACAGAGUUCCAGAUGUGAUUAGAAGUGAGCUGCAAUGUGAACAGUUGAGAGUGGACAGACAGACCAAAGACCACGUUGUCCUCUCCUGGUCUACGGGACUUCACCGGGUCCGGGUCUGGUCCUUCCCGUUUCGUCUGGAGGUUCUGUGUGCAGAUGAAGUCAUGGUGACGUUCAACUCUGAGAGCAGGCUGUGGUUGGAGACUCUGCAGGAGCCACUCAGGGGAACAUCUGAUGGUGUUGAGGACGACACCAGUUCGUUAUGGAAGGAGACGUUCAGAGAAUUUGUGGAUUUCAAAGCUAAUGGUCCCAGCAGCGUCGGGGUCGACCUUCGUCUUCACGGGUUCGAUCACGUGUAUGGUUUACCAGAACACGCUGACCGCCUUCAGCUCAGAGACACCAGAGAUGGCGAACCGUAUCGUCUGUAUAAUCUGGACGUGUUUGCCUAUAAACUGAGCAGCCGUCUGGGUCUGUACGGGUCUGUUCCUCUUCUGGUUUCCCACCGUCCGGACCGGACUCUGGGGCUGUUUUGGCUCAACGCAUCAGAGACUUUUGUAAACGUCCAUUACUCGUCUGCCGAACAGGAUGACCAAACCCCCCCAGUGAAGAGGAUGCGGACUCAGCCUCACACCGACGUCCACUGGCUGUCUGAGAGUGGGGUUAUCGACUGCCUGGUUCUGCUGGGACCCGGUCCACAGCAGGUCUUCAGCCAGUACGCUCAGAUCACAGGAUUUCAGGCGCUGCCUCCUCUGUUUGCUCUCGGAUACCACCAGUGUCGCUGGAACUACGACGAUGAAGCUGAUGUGAAGGCUGUGGAUGCCGGAUUCGACCGACACGACAUCCCAUAUGACGUCAUCUGGCUGGACAUCGAGCACACGAACGGAAAACGGUAUUUCACCUGGGAUCCGGUCCAUUUCCCUGAACCUGCCGCCCUGCAGCGCCACCUGGACACGAAGAACAGGAAGCUGGUCGUCAUCAGUGACCCACACAUCAAGGUGGAUCCUGAUUGGUCUUUAUACUGUGAGGCCAGAGAUGGAGGACACUUCAUCAGAGACCGACAGGGACAGAUCUUUAAAGGCGUUUGUUGGCCUGGUGAGUCCUCAUACCUGGACUUCAGCCGUCCAGACACUCGGGCCUGGUACUCCUCAUGCUUUUCUCUGAGUAAAUACAAGGGUUCGACGCCGUCUCUGUUUGUGUGGAACGAUAUGAACGAACCCUCUGUGUUCUAUGGGCCGGAGCAGACAAUGCCAAAGGACGCUGUGCAUUAUGGGGGAUGGGAACACCGGGAGUUACACAACCUGUACGGGUUUUACCAGCACAUGGCCACCUUCGAGGGUCUGAUAACUCGCUCUGGAGGCUCUCAGAGACCCUUCGUCCUGUCACGUUCCUUCUUUGCAGGUUCACAGAGACUCGGAGCCGUGUGGACUGGUGAUAACGUCGCCAGCUGGAAGUAUCUGAAGAUCUCCAUUCCUAUGCUUUUGUCUCUAAGUGUCUCAGGCAUCGUGUUUUGUGGAGCUGAUGUUGGUGGGUUUGUGGAGGAUCCAGAUCCAGAGUUACUGGUCCGCUGGUACCAGGCCGCCGCCCUGCAGCCGUUUUUCCGAGGCCACGCCCACAAGGCAACAAAACGCCGUGAGCCCUGGUUGUUUGGAGAACAGGUCACUGCUGCGAUCCGCUCAGUAAUCAAACAAAGGUACUGUCUGCUGCCGUUCUGGUAUACUCUGUUCCAUCAGGCUCACACCUCCGGACUUCCUCCACUCAGACCUCUGUGGGUGGAGUUCCCAAAAGAAGAGGACACCUUCACUGUGGACGACCAGUACAUGAUUGGUGGAGCUUUGCUGGCUUGUCCUGUAACUGAACCCGGGGCCUCAGAAGUCCAGGUGUUUCUUCCUGGAUGUGGUGAGGUCUGGUAUGACGUCCAGUCUGCAGUGGCGUUCAAAGGAGGCAGAACUCUGUUUCUUCCUGUCACUCUGGACACAGUUCCUGUGUUCCAGCGAGGUGGUUCCAUCAUCUGCAGGUCGACAGGAAGUGGUUCGUGUACAGCUGAUCUGUGUCACUUCCCCCUGACCAUCACCGUGGCUCUAAACCUACAGGGCGUCGCUGAAGGUGAAUUAUACCUGGACGACGGACACUCCUUCAGUUACCGUGACACAAAAGCCUUCAGUCUGCGAAGGUUCAGCCUGAAGUCUGGUCAUCUGCUCUGCCGUCCUGCUGAUGAUGAAGGAACCUUUGACUGUGACACCGUCGUCCAGUCGGUCAUCGUCCUGGGUCUGAAGACGAAACCGUCCACUGUGGUCAUCCAUGUGUCCGGCGCUGAGGAAACGUCUGCUGAGUUUCAGUUCAAUGACAGAAUCUUCACGUUGAUGAACCUGAACCUGAUGGUGACGAAGGACUGGGACAUACAGUUAGGUUAACUCGCAAUUAGACCAGUUAAUUAAAUCAUAUAGUCUUUAAUUAGCAGACACAUGAUUUGACUGGAUAUAUUUGAUUAAAUGAAUUUUAUGCAGCUUUAUUUCAGUUCUGUUUCAAAGUCUACUUUAAUGUUAAACUUCACAGUAACAGAAAAACAAAGACACAUUUGAGUUUUUUAUUUUCAUGAACAGAUACAAAAUAACACUGGUCUACGAGUCAAAUGCUUCCAGAAUAAAAGUAGUGAAAUUUUACCACUUGUGAGUCACUGUUAAAGACAAAUCCGGUCCUCAAUGCUGGUUGGCUGAAGUUUCACACAUACAGUCUUGGGUCUGUAGCAUAGAAGUCUCUCCAAGCAAAAAAAAAAAAAUGUUGGGCACCAGACAGGAAAAUGGUUACAUUUCACCUCAAUCUGUCAGAUUUCUAAAGUAUAAAAUUAA